CCCGACACCUCCUCUUUCUUUAUCAUGUGACAUUCGUUUUAUACUCGUUUGCCAGAGAAAAUCAGUUCAUCCAAUCGUGUUUCGAGAGGGGCGGCUCGUUUUCUCAACAUUUGACAGGGAUUUAUUCUGAUCCUCGUGACGUCACCCGAUACCCUGCGCUCCUACAGUCAGUAAGCGAAGGGAUGCUCUAAACGCAAGAUUGCAGCAUCUUUCCUGAGAGACUACAAACAAAUCGCAUCUCACUCUAGCUUUGUAUCCAUUCUCGGCAUUCUCUCCCCUUUGGACCCUCCUGAAAACCCACCUCUUGCCCUCUAACAUCGAACUGCAGGGUGUCUUCAUGCACGAACGGAGGACCGGAUAGAACACCAUAUUUGUAUUUCAACACCUUUCCUUUCCCUUUAUUUAUUUAACCUCUUUGUCGUCUGUAUAUUUUUGUUUUGACCUUUUAUUCUGUUGACCAUUGCCUAGCUGCAAUACAGCGAGGAGGAGGUCGUUCUGCAUUGCUUGAUAGGAAUACGCGCUUUAUUGCAGUGGAAUGAAAUAACACACAUAUGAAGAAAUUAAUGGAAGAUUAAAUUAGCCUACUUUCUACAACACGCUGAUAGUAUCUGGAGCGGGACAUAAUUUGUCGGUUCAUUGGAUUUUUGUUGAGGUUACGUUCCAUACGCAGCGCAAGCAUCGUCUUCCUCGGUUAGAACACAUAGCCCAUACUCGUCGUAGCAUCUCGGUGUUCUCUGAAAGGGCGAGGAUAACGCGCAAGAUAUUUCAUUCUCAAGAAUAUAGGCAUUUUCGAUUUCUCAAAUCGCUUCGUCUAUUCAAAGACAUUUUUUUUUCAAUUGGUUACGUUGCAUAAAGGGAUAAACGCAGUUUCACCCAACCUACUUUAAAAAUGAUGGCCGGCGGGGCAGUACAGCAAAACGGGAUUUUCUUGAAUCCUCACCAUCACAAUCAACAGCCGCACAUGGAGUCGGAUCCCCCAGAUUCGCGUAAAAGACCGCUAGAGACCCCAACUGAGGCAAGCAGCACUAAACGCACAAACACGGGAGUGGCCUUCCUGCAGCCCCUUUUUGAAACUGAAGGCAUUGUAUUCCCUCACCAGGAAUCACACUCUGAGGCACAUGAGGAAGGUGAGUACUUCCUGAAGGUUCUGAUCCCCAGCUAUGCGGCCGGCUCCAUCAUCGGCAAGGGUGGACAGACCAUCGUCCAGCUGCAGAAAGAGACCGGCGCCACCAUCAAGCUGUCCAAAUCCAAAGACUUCUACCCUGGUACGACAGAGCGGGUGUGUCUGAUCCAGGGGACAGUGGAGGCUCUGAAUGGAGUCCAUAACUUCAUCGCUGAGAAGGUGCGGGAGAUGCCGCAGAGCACCCAGAAAUCAGAACCGGUCAGCGUACUGCAGCCACAGACCACCGUCAACCCUGACCGCAUCAAACAGGCCAAGCUGAUAGUGCCAAACAGCACAGCAGGUCUGAUCAUUGGUAAAGGUGGAGCCACAGUCAAGGCCGUCAUGGAGCAGUCGGGCGCCUGGGUGCAGCUCUCCCAAAAACCAGAGGGCAUCAACCUGCAGGAGCGAGUGGUCACCAUUAGCGGAGAGCCCGAGCAGAACCGUAAAGCCGUGGAGAUCAUCGUUCAGAAGAUCCAAGAGGACCCCCAGAGUAGCAGCUGCCUCAACAUCAGCUACUCCAACAUCUCUGGCCCUGUGGCCAACUCCAACCCCACCGGCUCCCCCUAUGCCAACUCAGCCGAGGUGAACCCCGCUGCUGCUGCUGCCGCCGCUGCCACAGCCUCCAGCCUCCUGGGUCAGGCCACCAUGCAGAGUAUGGGCGGCUUCCCCACCACCAUGGGUCCCAGCUUCUCAGGCAACGACCUCUUGACCAUCACCUCUGCCCUCAACACGUUAGCCAGCUACGGCUAUAACACCAACUCCCUGGGCCUGGGGCUCAACCCCGCCGCAGCCUCAGGAGUCCUGGCCGCCGUAGCGGCUAGCGCUAACCCCGCCGCGGCUGCCGCUGCUAACCUCCUGGCGUCCUACGCCAGCGAUGCCUCCACCAGCGCAAGCCACCAGGCCGCCUCCCUGGGAGGUUUCACCCUUGGCUCGCUGGCCGCGGCCACGGGGGCCACCAACGGCUACCUGAGCGCCUCGUCCCCGCUGAUGGCACAAUCCCUGAUGGCCACUGAGAAGCAGAUGCAGGAGGGGGCCAAGGACGUGGUGGAGAUCGCUGUUCCUGAAAACCUGGUAGGAGCCAUCUUGGGGAAAGGAGGGAAAACGCUAGUGGAGUACCAGGAGCUGACUGGAGCCCGGAUCCAGAUCUCCAAAAAGGGAGAGUUCAUUCCCGGCACCCGGAACCGUAAAGUUACCAUAACCGGCUCUCCCGCGUCAACGCAGGCAGCUCAGUAUCUGAUCAGCCAACGGAUCACGUAUGAGCAGGGUGUGCGCGCCACCAACCCACAGAAGGUGGGCUAGAAAAUGAGAAUGGAAAGGAAGAAAAUGAGUGGGGGCUUGGGGAGGAAUGCAAAGUGAGAGAGAAAGGGAGAGGAGAGCAAGAAUGCUGGAAGGAAUCAUCCACCCGUUUUUUGGUGUUUCAGUAUUCAAAAAAUUAUGCGAUGCAAAAAUUUGCUCGGGGAGAGAGGAGAAAGUGUAACGCGGAAAACAAAGGAAAAUAAGGUGUAAAAUGUAAAUACGGUUUUAUUACUUAAGUCUUGAUGUUUCGGGAUUUUUUGUUUGUUUUGUUUUCUAGUUCUUUUGUUUUUUGUUUGUUUGUGUAUUCUCCGGACAGUGGUGAAUGCGAUUUUAAACUGGCAUGCUGCCGCGCUGCAGUUUGGAAAAGGGGGGCGGUGGGGGUACUGGGGGCCGACCCCCAUGGAAUCAGCCCCUUCCCCACCCCCACCCCCAUUCCUGUGUAGCUCACUGAUGUUUUUCUUCAGAUUUGCCUUCAAUUUCAAUUUGCCCCUUACCCUGCCCCCCACUUUUCGCCCUCCCCCUACAAGGGUCUGAUAAGACUGCAAACCAGUGCUUGGUUAGAGAUCUAAGGAAAAUUCCUGUAGUUGAUGACAUCCCCCUCCAUGCCCCGAUCCCUCGCCCCUCUCCCAGCCACCCCCACUCUGGUUUGAGCAAAGGAGGGGACGGGAGAGAUGUGCCCAAGCCUUCCACACAUGGAUUAUCCUCGUAUCCCUAUAGCCUCGCGCCUUAGGUUCUGAUUUAGCCAGAUGCAUGCUAUGCCACGCUCCAUAUUUAUAUCCGGGAUGCUCGUGUUUCUUAUGUAGGACGAAGGCAGAGACGCAUGGUGCAUCUCAUUGGGUCAGAAUUCUAGCGUAGCGCAAGAGUACAUAUAGAGGUUGGGGCAUUUUUCUCAACAAGGUUUGCAGUCUGAUAUUAUUAUUAUGAUUAUUAUCGAUAUCAUCAUCAUUAUUUAUUAAUAUGAUUUCACCCAUAACGUUUGGUAUUUUCAUUGUUUUUUAAAUCUGUAAAUUCAGGUUGACAUGAAUGUAAAGACUAUUUUUGAUUUGAUUUGUUUAAUUUAAGUGGAUUUAAUAACAUGUCACAUAGUGUAAUAUACAGUAUGUCUUAUUUAAGUCCAGUAAGAAAUGGAGUAUAAGCACCACUGCAGUGAUGAUGAAGAGUAAGGGUCAGCUUUGAUAUCCAGUAAAGAGCAGAACAGUAAAUAUUCCAUUUAAAACACACACACACACACCCUGUGAUGCCAUUUCAGUGCUAAAAAGGGAUUAUAACAUAUCUACAUGGCAGAUUACGGUGAAAUCAAGCAGGCUAGUCUCUACAGUAUAUACAUACAUAGCUGCAAAAUGAAAAUGCCACUUGCACAACAGGCCCAAGAGCACCGUUCACAUUCUGGCUGGGACGAAGCGCUCUAAUAACGUCAACCCAAAGUUGUUUCAAUGUUGUCUGAGCUCAGAUGUCUUUCCUCCCUCCAGUUUAGCCUGUGUCCCUCAACAUUGUGAAAAGCCAAAGUGUUGUUGGGACUGUAGGGCCAUAGGCGUCUCCACUGAGAUAUCCAGCGAGCGCUGCUCUUCUGCCUGUGGCACUCUAACAACACUCUGUCUAGACAGGCCAGGCGAGAGACCAGGAACAGGGGCACUUAGAACCUAGAGGUGGCGACCCCGCCAGGAUACGUCCAUACUACUGAAAAAUACAAACACUGAAGAUGAGAAAGUUGAUCUCACUAGGGUCCAUGCAGUUUGCCAGGCCUUGUCUUUUUUGCGAGCAGAGCUAUUGAUAUUUAGAAGUUGCUUUCCCUAAUACUUGCUCUUAUCAAGCAGUAUUCUUCUGUCCACGGGGGGGAAUGUAACGUGCUACGGUCUGUUGGGCGUUAACUACAGCUAAGUCUAAUGGUUGUGGGUUAUUCUGCUUUUGGCAAACUGCAGGGACCUCCCACUACACGUUCCAUGCAAUGGAUACUGCCCACUAACCUAUAAGCUGCUAUGAUUUUGUUUUUUUUAUCUUGUUUUUUUUGCAAUCGGAGUACACUGAAGUUGAUCUUAAUGCACUGUGAAGUGUGGGGAUCGUUUUCUCUGCCCGUGAGGUCAGGGUUGUGUUCUGUAGGGAGCUUUGUCACAGGCGUAUGCGUUAUUAUGUCAGGGAAAUGUACGCAUAUGAAAUACCAGGCGACUAAUCAUAUCUCACGAACAGAACUCUAUUUGCAAUACAAUAUCAGUUCUCAUUUAGAUAUGCAAGACGAGGAAAGAGUAUUCAUGUUUCUAAACACUACAUUUAAACCAGGAUCCUGGAUUGAGGCGUUGGAUGUGCUUUGACUCAGUUUGGCAAUGAAAGUAAUGGGGUUGUAGAAACAGUCUCUAAUUGGAGGAUGGGAUUGGGGAGGAGUGGCAAGUGUGCAUGUUCAGCUUUUGCUAUUCAAAGACAACAAUAGUUGGAGGUAUGUGGAGUUUUAUCCCAGUUUUGACAGGGUUGCUCUAAUCGUCCGACUUCCCUUUUUAUAUUUGCUGUUUUCACAAACAGUUGAAAUUGAUAUAUUCUGUUAGCCAAAUGAAAAUGGCUGGCUAACCUAAAAUGUGAUGACUUAUAAAAUGCCAAAGGAGGAAGGGGGCACAUUUUGGUCGACCCUAAACAAUCUAACUUGGUCUGGUAAGGGAACCUAUCUCCCCAAUUGGACAUUUAGACACUAAUGUAAAGGAAAUCUAUCCAAUGGUGGGCUCUCUCACUAUUAUUCAACAUUGGAAUGUUUUCUCUAUUGUCUAUUGGAGCGACAGUGAGCGCGUAUCUCGACAGAUUGGUAAGGAGGCUUCUUUAUUCCCAUCUAAUACCAUCCACUUUCCUCACCCUCCAACCCUUGUACCGCCGUGCACCCCAUACUUACACAUCAACCCAGAGCCCCCCUCUCACAUCUCUCCAUGGGUGAUAAUGUCUGGUGUUACGAUGCAUGUCUGUUUGCCCUUCCAGACCACAACUACUACAAAACAAUGACUGUCUGAGUCUCCUAAUGCUUUGAGGGUAGAGAGGACAGCGUCGCCUUGAUUGUAGAGCUGAGCAUUAGAGUCUAGUUAGUGACCAUUUUGCCAGCAGCAGUGAGAACAAAUUAGUAGGUGACAGUGGAAGUAGGAAAGAGAACCUGCAACCAGGCAACUAAGAGAGAAAGAUACCAACUGACUUAAUUCUGUCAACCCAAUGGCCAGUGGCUUGAAACCAUAUUUUAUAUUGUAUGUUAAUGACAGGAGUGAAAGCAUUUGCUACAUUUGGAAUGCAUGGGCAGAUACAUACAGUACAUUCAUUAACACAUUCACAUAGAUUGCGAGUAGAAUAAGGGAAAUACUGCUUGUUGAAGUAAUGAAGAAAUGACAGAGAUUACUGGAUAUAAGCGAUACUAAAACUGUGACAAAUCAAUGUGAACGUUAUCAAAUACAACAAUAUCAAUUACCUGUAGUUGGAGAUCACGAGAAGGUGCCAACAAAGUUUGUCAAAGGAUGGCUUUGUUAUCUUUUUUAUCGAAUUCAACAAAAUUACCCCAUGAUGAUGGGGUUUUAGGGCGUCCAUUUUUUGUUUGGUUUGUAAUUGAGGGGAUGUAGAUAAAAUGUGAUGAGUACUGGAAGCAAUAUAUGUAGUAGCAUGUUGUCCUUGUAUUGUCUUUUUAUUCUGUCUGUUGUCAAAGCUUUGGAUUUACCUAGAUGUUAAAAUAGAUUUACCUAAUUACAACUUUUUUAAUUUGUGAAAUUGCUGCUAUUUAAUAAGUGAUGUACUAAAAAUAAAGUUAAAACAUAUCUGAUUGGUCGUUUAGCAGGAUGUUGUAGUUCCCAGAGGUGUGCUAAAUGCUAUACAUGCUGAUAAGAUAAUAAUUACUGUAAAAACAAACUCAACAAAUAAACCUGUGCCAAAAUAGAUCUUUUAAGACUGAAACUAAAAAUGCGCGUGAUUUAAAAAACAUUACAUGAAAGGAAACAUACUUUUAUAAGAAAAAAAAUGUGAAAAGUGCCAAACGAACCAUAUUUAUAAUUGUAAAUAGAAGGGAAUGGUACAAGAGACUUUUUUUGUGUGAGUAAAAUCAAUUAAAAAAAGAAGCUUUUUAGUUAAACCUUUUAAUGCCCUCUUUACUACUAUGUGACAUAAAAUAAGGGAUUGUGAAGGAAGGGAGCCAUCUUGUUAGCCAGUUAUCCAAAUUUCCUUGAAUUCUACAGUACUUAGACUCCGGGGCCAGAAGAAUCAAUGUAUAGAUAGAUUAGCAUGGUUAAUGAUACACAUGAUAUUAACAUUCUUAAUACAGCCUUUUAUAGUUCUGAAAAUGUAUUUUGUGGAGAUAGAUGUUAUCUUUUUUGCACGUCUAUAUUGCAUGAUAUCAAAGUGAAGCGUGGACAAAAAAAAAUGUAAGAAACAAAAAUUGUAAAAAAAAAAAAUUAGGCGGUGUGUUUUGUUCGUUUUGAAGACAAAUCUUUGCAUGCCAACAAUGGUAAAGCAAUUUAAUUUUCCUUGACACAUUUUGAAACGUGUGUUGUUUUCACUAAAGACAUGCAGGGACUUAGUCCAUUAGAGCAGGGCCACAGUGUAAUUAGAUUGUAUGACUGGAUGAGUAUUUUGUGAGAACAUUGUCUAGGCAUUAAAACAUUCUUAGAGAGAUAGGAACAAACUUUUGAUCAAACAUGAAACAAUUCUGGGUUUUUUUUUGCUGGUUGAGCUUCUUUUACUAAAACUGCAUUAUUUAAUUCCGGAUCACAUUUUAUGCUUUUUACCAUAGAUACCGAGAUAUUGUCCAUGAAUGUACUCACCUCUGCAUAAGUUUGCAUAUCACUCUUUGAUCAUGACUUCAGGGCUUGAGUGUCCAUGUGUUUUGUGUGAAUAACUAACAUCAGGUAGGCCAGAUCUGGCCCUAGUGUCAUUCUAACCAUCUGUUUCCCCUUUUCGCUCCCUCUGAGCUUGAUCUCUUGUCUUGAUGUAAAUAUGCACUUUAUAUUUCUCAUUUAGACAGAUUUCUCAUUUAAACCCCCAUCUCCUAAAAGGAAACUAGGAAAAGUAUUUUGAAGUGUCAAGCUAGGCCGUGUGUAGACACCAUGUUUUUUUCACUCUCUGUUGCUGUUCAGCUUUGUAUUCCUCAAUCCCCUGGGUCUCUCUCCAGAAUUUGGGACAAGGUGUGUUUUACUCUCUAUUCAGUGAAUUUGGUCUCAUUACAUGAUUACACUUUCUAUGACAAAAAGUUCUAGGGAGAGAAAAAAGGACAAAUAUUGCCAAUAUUCCUCAUGUUGUCCAUUGCCCAACUGUCAUUCAGUUUCACCAUUAGACAACUGAGUGGUGUUGGCAUGCUCAAAAAGGGAUUGUAAAUAACGAAAGCUGGUCAGCCACAAGAAAACAUAGCUUUUCCUCAUUUAACACAGGAUUUUGCCUUUUGUAUAUUUCUGAAGCGUUCAAUGAUCUAGAAUAGUGUCGAAAAGGGACACUCAGUUUAAACUAUAACCAAAUUGACAUCCCUGUUCCUAGCGAUGCCUCAGUUGCAAAAGAAUGUCAGCAUGAGGUAUACUGUAUAGCUCUGUAGAGUAAGCUGAGAUGGGGGUUUGUGCAAUAGUGUAGUACCUUGCUGUGCAUGUGCUAUUGUCUGGCUCUUGUGUCUGUGUGUCUGCAGUAGGUCAGCGUCAUGGUGUCGUUCCCAUGUUGCUGGGUGAACAGAUCUGUUUUGUGAUGUGCAGAGGAAUGCAAACUUAUGGUUCACCUGCUACAGGUGACAUCAUUGCUUUUCAGUUGGUGUGUGGCUACUAGUGCUCAACUCCAAAACCUCACAAUGCCCCAACCCCCGCCCUCCUCGCUCUCACCCGCACCCACCACCCUUAGCCAGACAUUCACGGAACCCAGGGUCACACUCUUGAGCUUGUACCCCAUCGAAGCACCAGCAAUUUUAAACUGCAUUUGUCAUAUCACUGUUCAGUUCCUCUUUAUUGUUUUUCUGUUUUUUAUUUGUACUACGCUCUCUAACCUAGACCAAUUAUAACAAAAUGCCAUUCAUGUGUAUCCUGUUUACUCCCCUUUUCUCCUUUUUGCACUUUCACUGCCCUCCUUUUCCAACCACUCCCCCACACUUCUGCUCCGAUCCCGCCACACCACCAAACCCCCCACCUCCUCCUCCUCCUCCUCCUCCUCCUCCUCGAGUUUCUCCCGAGUGCCAAACAAAAACAGUACCAUUCCAAACUUUUUUGAGUUUUCUUGUAUGUUGGACAUCCAUUGGACGCACCCAUGAAGCCAGCAUGUUCCUCCAUAACAUGAUGUCAGUCAUGACGCCUCAACAUUACCCAAAAGAAACAGAUCAAAAACCCCCGAGCUAAAAGCAGACCUGGAUUAACCCGGUAAAGGCUGGCUACCUCUCAUAAACUGCUUUUCCUAAUUCUCUAUCAUCUCUUCAACCUCCAGGACAUCAUUGAUUGUGUGCCAUAGUGUUGGGGGCACUUGUCACUCUCCUCACCCCCAAGUCUCUCCAUUUGAUUUCGAUGGGAAAAAUAAAAAAUCCAUCUCUAAUGACGAUUUUUUUUCUUUAACAUUAAACCACACUCAGAAUGGUGUGAGGAGUGUAAUCGUCAGCUGCGCAGCCAUCCUCUGUCUUCUGAACUUUGAACUUUUCACCCCUCAUGAACUUUAUUGACCUUCUUCCUCCCCUUCUAUGUUCAUCAAACUGUUUGGACUUAAAUCUCCAUUCCAUCACCAAACCUAUUUGAGACUGUGCAAUUCUAGUUGAAAUUAUUUGAUUUUUUUUGUUUGUUUCUUAUCAGUGGGGCAAUUCACAGAGAUAAAGAAGGAAAAAUCAUCCACAAAAGAAAUACAGACAAACAAAAAAAACAAAACAACUGUUUCUCCACAAUUUCAUUUUUCUCUCAUUGUAAAUAUUUUUGUCAGGUUUUGUUGAGCUGUAAAGAGAGGCGUGUUCAACAGAAUGGGGCCGGCAGCAUAAAAUCCACUUAGUGGAAAGAGGAAAAGAAAGGUGCACCUCAUACAUCUACUCGUUUGUUCUGCUACGGUAGCUUGUGGUCUUGACAUUGGUGUGACCUGCUGUAUUUGUUGUUGUUUAUCGCCAUGCUAGCUCCACUUAGAUAAAAGGAUAUAAAAACGCAACAGAUAAUUAAGUUCUGGAGCUGAAAAUCCUCCUCAUGAUAGAAUUGUUUACAUUUGCUACCGUAGCUGUAUUCGUUGGUGGUUUUGUUUCGCUUAGUGUGAGUCGUAGUUAUUGUAAUGCUUCGUAGUGGAAGAACAUAUCAAUGUGGAGAACUUGCUGGGCUCAGCACCUUACACUAAAUGUGGGACACACAAGACUAGGGGGGAAUAAACGUGUCGCUCCCAAACCACAAAAAGGAAGUUGAGUCCUCUUUAGUGCAAUAGAGUUACUGUGGUUUACAUGAUAGAAGUGAUAUAGUUUAUAACUAUGAUUAUGUUAAUUAGGCAUAUUGUAGGUGGGUGUUGGUGAAUAUAAAUGCCAACAUGACAAAGGUGCCCGUAGUACCAACUGAGACAUAUCUCUCUCAGUGAGUUUAGUACAGUUAAACUGACUGAAAGUAUUCAUUUGACACAGCUAGACUGGACUGACCAUAUCAUUGCUUAGCUUUGUGCUCCACUCACAAAGUUUUAUGCUGCCAGCCUCAUUUUCUGAUAACACUUCAUGAGCUAUUUAUUUUCAACCUAUAAUAUACUAUUAAUAAAUGACAAGACAACAAGAAAAAGGGAAUGACUGGAAAGGUGAAUUAUUGUUUUGUUUUUUAGUAUUUUAGUGGUUGCUUUUAACACCAUUCAUUAACUGACUUAAAGAGUAUUGAAUAUUUAAUGUAAUUGUAGUAUUGUGUUUGUAAAAAAAAAAGAAAAAAAAGUAGUGAGUUGUGUUUAUUGACUUGUGGAUUACCAGUGAAGUCGGCAAUCUAGUGCUAAUAUAUAUUUAAUCUUUUUUUAAGGAUUAUUCUUUUCCGACAGCAACAACAGUCAUUAUAAAUGUUCAUUUUAGCAUCACCUGUCUUCUGUUGUCUUAUUCUUCACCUCCCACUACACUCAGUCUCAUCCAAGUAACACAUUGCAAGUUUGUGCCUGAAACCAUGUGCUCGGUCUGGGGGCGGGGCCAUAAGGUAUGAGCGACGUGUGUGUGUGUGUGUGCGCGCGCGUGCGUGUGAAUGGAAAGGCUGCUAUCUCAGCCUUGGUGGGUGUUCUGUCCAAUGUCCACCAAAGCUAAAACCUGGAGGGCUUCCAUUCACCAAUGGAAUCCCCUGACGUUAUAGCUGGAACUUCAUCAUGUGACCUGAGUCGACUCUAUCGUUCAUAACCCUCCCACCCAACCACUCUCCACCGCUACCCUAUCCCUGAGUCAUCCCCUUACCACACGUCAUCACCAUGUGGUGUUCUCCAUCGAUAACAUACUACUCGACCAGAUCCACAUUAACAUGUCUCCUCCAUGUUUCCAAAAGGAGCGCGUUGCCAGUCAACCUGCUUCCCACAUGAUACUCAACCAUCCUCUCUAGCUGCCGGGGCCAGGCCAAUCAGAAAUCGAUUUGUCUAAAAACAAGAGGAUAGAGAGAAAGAGAAAUAGUGAUUCUCAGGGUGUCUCCUUGAUCUACCUUUAUAUCCUGCGUUCUGCAGUUGUCCCACUUUAUUCUGCCCUAAUGAUUUCUAUGGAGCCCAAAGACGACGAUGAUUUCCAUGUUCAUGUAAUGGUUGCUUAGCAAUUAUUCUGAGGGAUGAUAUGCACCUACUUAAAGGAGCGUGCAAAUACUGUAUUGUUUACAACCUAAAUGAGACCAACGCUGUUGAAAAAGAAUGUGUAGGACAAAAACAAAUUCCGUAUUGCUAAAUGAUGACAUUUCAACGACAAUUUUUGUGACAUGAGUUAAUGUAAUUAUGAGUCAUUGCAUGGUACUAUUUUUUGCAAUGAAAAUAUAUAUUUUUUGAACUGUUAGAAUGGAUGGUACAUUGUCAAAUUCGUGCAACAUUUAGACGCUAAUAAUAAAACAAAUGUUGGUGUCAGUGUUAAUGUCACCAUCAGGAGAGGUUUUGGACCAAUGAAUGGCAAAAUGUUGUAAAGGUUUUGUUCAUUUGUACAUGGUAAUAAUGGCUCAAAUAAACCAUUGAAGCUAAUUGUCAGGUAGA